UCCCACUGCUUUAGUUCGCAUGAGCAGGAAGAUUUGAUUGAAGAUAUCCUGAAACUCGAACUCAGGCUGGUUUGUUUGCCAGCCAGUGCUUUACAGCUGUCAACCUGAGUCGCAAGUGACUACUGAGAGUAGAUUCUGUGCAUUAUGAAGAAUUUCUCAUUUCCUAUGCAGGAUAACACACAUCAGACGGAGAGUCCUCCUCCUUACAGAUUCCUGAGUUUGACAAAUCAGUCAGAUCCUAUUGGAAGACCAGAAAGAGAUGAGCAAUUAGCUCAAGUAGAGAUUGCUGUACUGGGGGUCAUAUUUCUGACAGCGUCUGUGGGCAAUUUCAUUCUCAUACUGAUUCUGUGGCGAAGAAGAAAGAAGCUGUCUCGGAUGUAUGUGUUCAUGCUUCACCUCAGCAUUGCUGACUUAGUGGUAGCCUUUUUCCAAGUGCUGCCUCAACUCGUAUGGGAUAUUACAGACGUUUUCAUAGGGCCAGACUUCUUGUGCAGAAUUAUCAAGUAUCUACAAUUGCUGGGCAUGUUUGCCUCUACUUAUAUGAUAGUGGUCAUGACAGUGGACAGAUAUCAAGCCGUUUGCUACCCUAUGGUCUCUUUCCAAAAGAAGAGAGCUCUCUGGAACAUCCCCAUUUGCACCAGCUGGUCUAUAGCACUGAUUCUUAGCCUACCACAGGUAUUUAUCUUUUCUAAGACUGAAAUAUCUCCAGGUGUCUUUGAAUGCUGGGGUGAAUUUAUUCAGCCUUGGGGCCCAAGGGCAUAUGUGACUUGGAUUUUUGUAGUUAUAUUCUUCAUUCCCUCAGCAAUCCUUAUCACAUGCCAGGUCAAGAUUUGCAAAAUAAUCAGAAGAAAUAUAAAUGUGAAAAAACAAAAUGAAUGCGAAGCAACAAAUCAGAAUCAAGUCCUGCCAUCCCGAGCAAGCAGUGUGAACUGUAUUUCAAAGGCUAUGAUCAAGACAGUAAAAAUGACAGUGGUGACAGUUGUUGCAUAUGUUCUCUGUUGGUCACCUUUCUUCAUUGCACAGCUGUGGUCCGUGUGGUUCCCCAGCAUCCUGACCGAAGGUUCAGCAUUCACCAUUAUAAUGCUCCUUGGCAAUCUAAAUAGUUGCACCAACCCAUGGAUUUACAUGUAUUUCUGUGGCCAGAUUCCAUAUUGCACAAAGAAGCAGCUGGAGAAUACCUCGGCUCAAGAGGAAUCCGUGUUCACGGGGAGCAUUCAUCUCAUAGACAGAGACCCUGAGGAAAACAGUACUUCUGCAUAAAUGCUGAGAGCUUUUUGUUGUUUUGCUACAUUCCCUCUGUUCACAAGACGUAUUGAUAUUUUACCACCAUCCCUGAUUUUGUGGAUAAGGAAGCUGAAAAAAUGUUUUUUUGUAGUAAAAAUAUAUUUCUCUGCAGUUCUGUAGCAUAUACAGGAAGUUUCUGUUCUGUGCAAGCCUGACUCAGUGCCUCAAUCACUGCUGUCUUUCGAAUGAAUCCCUGUAAAGACUGACAAAGAUACAUAAAAGUAUCUUAGAUAUUUUGUGUCCUAAAGUACUUCCCCAUCUGUGAUUCUGGGUUUCUAAGUAGUAAAAUUGUACUAAUACCUGGUCCAACAAAUUGAAACAUAAUUGAAAAGGAACCGGAUAUAAUAAAACCUGAAUAUGUUUCAGAGUGAACCAUGAAUUGUUCAUCAUUCUGGUAUGAUUGGGGGACAGUGACAAAACUUGAGAAGGCAACACAGUCAGAAAAAGCUUUUGCCAACUCUUACAAGCAUCUGGUUUAAAUUAA